CUCGCUGCCACUUGGUCUCAUCUGUCCCGAGCCAAGCGUACUCGGUGCUACUUUUCGGGUGACUGUUAACUUUUUUUCUUUCUUUUAGUUAUUUUAGUCGCAGAAUGUAACUGGGGGUGAGCUUUUUCUGUUUUCAAGACUGAAAUCCGUUCGUCUUAGAACGCGUAGAAUUGUGCGUGAUCCUGCUGAUUGGGAAAUCUUGAGCCAUUGCUAAGUGCGUGAUGCCUGUGAACGGAGGCGGGCUGCUCUCCUUGGGCAGAUAUGCUACUCAAUAUUUCAAUAACCCUGUUAUGGAGGAAACGGUCUGGGAACAGUAUACAGUGACCCUGCAAAGGGAUCCAAAGAUGGGCUUCGGCAUCGCUGUAUCAGGAGGGCGAGACAAUCCAAAUGAGGAGAGUGGUGAGACAUCCAUAGUGGUGUCUGACGUCCUGCAGGGAGGACCAGCUGACGGCUUGUUGUUUGAGAAUGACCGAGUGGUGCAGGUGAAUGCUAUUCCCAUGGAUGGGGUCAUUCAUUCCUUCGCCGUGCAAACCCUCAGAAAGUGUGGAAAAGUUGCAAAAAUCAUUGUUAAGAGACCAAGAAAGGUUCCUGUAAAUCUCCUGAAUCGUCCUGCAUCACCUGAUGAUAGAGUUUUCAACAAUGAUUACGCUGAAGAUUACAACUACGACCAGGACGGCCGCAGUGUGUAUAGUAACAGGCAGGACCACAGCCUGGAGAGGGAGCAAGGUGGCUAUAUGGAUUCUGGCUACCAAACCCGUGAGCGUGAUUACGACCGGAACUAUGACCGACGAGAACGGGGCAGGAGUACAGACAGAGACCGGAGUCCCGACCAGCAAUACAGGAGAGACGGUAGCAGAGGUCGCACCUUGGACAGAGAACGUAGCCCCGACCGCCAUCAUAAGAGCGAUCACACACUCAACCGUGACUAUAGCCCGGACAGAAGGUACCGGAGCGAGCGCACUUUAGACCGAGACCACAGUCCUGAUCGGCGCUACCGGAGUGAGCGAGCUCUCGACCGUGACUAUAGCCCAGAUCGACGCUAUCGUAGCGACCGUGCACUAGACCGGCCAAACAGCCCUGACCAGCGUUACAGACGGGACAGUCAUAGCCCGGGACGCAACCACGGACGUAACCACAGCUUCGAGCGAGGACGAGAACGAAAUCCUAGUGACUCGAGGAAAUAUGAUGAGCCUAUUAAGAAAGGGGGUAGCAGGGAUCGGUUGGAGCGUUCACCAUCACCUGCCGCCAUGCCCAUCCCUAUGCCACGUCCUGCUCGUGAACUGGAGCCACUGGAGAAACCUCUGAAUGUUCUGCUGCUGAAGAAUCGGCCUAACGAAGAGUAUGGCCUUCGACUGGGCAGUCAGCUCUUUAUCAAAGAGAUGACCAGCACAGGGCUUGCCAGCAGAGAUGGGAACCUUCAAGAGGGGGACAUAAUUCUCAAGAUCAACGGAACAGCGACUGAAAACCUGUCUCUCAGCGACGCAGGGAGGCUGAUCGAGAAGUCUCGUGGGAAGCUGCAGCUGGUGGUCCAGAGAGACAGGCAGCAAGUGCUGAUCCGAGUCCCCCCGAUGGUCGACAGCGACUCAGAGCUUGAUGAUAUUUCUGAGAUCGAGUCAUAUCGCUCUUACUCGCCACAAGAUGAAAGACGAGGCCAUCAUUCGGAUCUGUCUUCGCACUCAUCCAAUGAGCGGCUUCGAGAGAAACCAAGAGAGGAUCCACCUAAUAGGCUGGCCAAAAUGGGUGCUAUGCCAACCCCAUUCAAAGGUCUUGAGCGAGCUGUGGAAGACACGCCCCCGCCGCCUCCUGAGAGAGCGGAGUCUCGUCCCCAAACCCCACCAAAAAUUGCAGUUGGCCCAAAGCUUCACGCUCCUCCCAAAGUUCCACUGAAGCCAACCAUCGAAGACCAGGAAGUAUACGGGCCAAACACAUUGAUGGUCCGUUUUCAGAAAGGAGAAAGUGUUGGUAUGAGACUUGCAGGAGGGAAUGAUGUCGGUAUCUUUAUUGCGGGAGUUCAAGAAGAUAGUGCAGCUGAACAGGAAGGUCUUCGUACUGGGGAUCAGCUUGUGAAGGUGAAUAACGUAGACUUUAGGGGUAUGGUCCGUGAGGAUGCAGUGCUUUAUCUCCUGGAGAUUCCCAAAGGAGAGGAUGUGACCAUUCUUGCACAGAGCAAACCAGAAGUAUAUAAAGACAUUUUAGCAUCUGGCAGAGGUGACUCGUUUUUCAUUAGGACCCACUUUGAGUAUGAGAAAGAGGGUCCUCAGAGUCUCCCUUUCACCAGAGGCGAAAUCUUCAAAGUUACUGACACACUCUACGAUGGCAAGCUGGGAAACUGGCUGGCGGUCCGUACAAACAAAGAAAACCAGUUGCUGGAGAAGGGCAUCAUUCCCAAUAAAAGCAGAGCCGAGCAAAUGGCUAACGUCCAGAAUGCUGCACGAGCUGCAUCAGGUAACGACAGAGGAGACUUCUGGAGGCUUCGAGGACAAAGAGCAGCUAAGAAAAAAGAUCUUCGCAAGAGUCGAGAGGAUCUGAGUGCAGCGCCAGUCACGACACGAUUUCCAGCCUAUGAAAGAGUUGUCCUGCGUGAAGCUGGCUUCAGAAGACCCGUGGUCAUAUUUGGGCCCAUCUCUGACGCUGUGAAUGAAAAACUGGCUAACGACAUGCCUAAUGAGUUCAUCGUUGCUAAAACCGAGCCAAAGGAUGCAGGAAGCGAGAAAUCAUCUGGGGUUGUGCGACUUAACACAAUUCGCCAAAUCAUUGAACAGAACUGUCACGCGCUGCUGGAUGUGACUCCCAAAGCUGUCGACACCUUGAAUUACACCCAGUGGUAUCCCAUCGUCAUUUUCCUGAAUCCAGACAGCAAGCAAGGAGUCAAGACCAUGAGGAACCGCCUUUUGCCUGGAUCCACCCGCAGUGCACGCAAACUUUACGAGCAGGCCAUUAAGCUGAGAAAGACAUACUCACACCUCUUCACUGACACAAUCGACCUAAACUCGGCCAACGACGCAUGGUAUGGCAGCGUGAAAGAUUCAAUUCGGGAGCAGCAAGACAGAGCUGUGUGGGUGUGCGAGGGCAAGUUGGAUGGUUCAGAGGAGGAUCUAGAUCUCCAUGAUGACCGAAUGUCCUACUUGUCAGCGAUGAGCGCAGACUACCUAAGCAUGGACAGCCGUCUGACCAGCGAUUACGACGACACAGCUGAUGAAGGCGGGGCUUACACCGACAACGAGCUGGACGAACCAAUGGAUGAACCUCAGCCCGUGUCAGCCAUCAGUCGGUCGUCAGAACCUGUGCUGCCUGACGAGAAGCCCCACCCUGAACCCCGGAAUCGUACGAAAAGAUCAGGCAGCAGAGAAAGGUCGAAUAGAGAGCCCAGUCCUCCCCCUGCUUUUGUCCCUGAACCUCCGAAGGUGCGUGCUCAGACUCAAACUCGGACUGACUCAUCACGCAGCUAUGACUCACACUCCAGCAGCACAGUCAGCAGCGAUGCAGUGGGUGGGAACAAGCCACUGCCCCCUCCAGUGGCCCUGAAGCCCACAGUCGGCCGGCUCAGCCAGAUGUCAGACGAGCAAACCCUGGAGAAGAAGGAGGAGGAGGACCCUGCCAACAAAUCCUUCCUGGGCAAGAUUAAAGCCUUUGAGAAGAUGGACCACCUAGCCAGAGCUCAGAGGAUCCUCGAAUUGCAGGAGGCAGAAAACGCUCGGUUGGAAAUCGCCCAGAAGCACCCGGACAUCUAUGCAAUCCCAGUCAAAGUGCCCAAACCCAAUCUCAACCGUCCUCAGCCAAUAGGUUCCAGCUCCAACCCGGAGCCGCAGACUCCAUCCAGGCAGCAGUACUCGGAGAGCAGAGCCCACGAAGCCGACGAGGCCGAGUACCGCAGGCAAUUGGCCGACCACACCAAGAGAGGGUACUAUAACCCCCAGAAAUACAAGGACACCGAGUUGUAGUCUAAAAAAGGAGCCAUUGAAAUCAUGAUUCCACACUGCUUCUGCUGUCUGUGUGACAAAACGCGCUGCAACUGGCCUGGUUAAAAAGCGACCUACACAUGAUGAUUUUUGUGGCUUACACUUGCUGGGGCAUGUCAAGUUCAGGCACAUUGUGUGUGUUGAUCAGCCAGGUGAACCACAUACAUACACCCACACACACCUUUGACCUGUCCUUUAUUAUUCAUCACUUCUCUCUGUGUAUGUAUAUAUUAUUUUAGCGUUCCUCUCAUAUAAUUACUUCAGGUAAGAGUCAAGCAUCUGCUUUUGUAACUGUUUGAGCCUGGUGAUACACAAACCACUCCCAGGACAAGAAAUAGUUUCUUCAUAUAGUUAGUCAAUGGGUUUUCCCCAUUUUUUUUAAAUAUAUUGUAUGGAAAUCCAAGUUAAGAAAUUAGGUGUUUUGUCUCAUGUCGUAAAAUCAGAGCUAUUGUUUGAUUGUCUUUUCAAUGCUACCAUGAAUAGCAGCGCUCAUCCACAUACCAUGAGAAUAAGGUCAGAUGUGCGAUUUUUUUUUUUUUGUGUGUACCUCUACCCAACUUUAGAUUGGAGAACACUGUGUACUGGCGAGAAAUAGCACAUGUUCAAGUGCCUUGUCUUGAAGAAAUCUUAUCGAUCAAUCGUACGUACAGUGUUUGCAGAUAAGGAAUUGAACAUCAGAAACUCGAAAAGGUCAGAACAGAGAAAAUUCGAGUAGUUUGUGGCAACUUUUUGUUUUUCACAUCUACUUCGGUUUUUGUGGAAGCAAUGAAAAACUAAUAAGACAAAUAUGGGGGAAGAGUCUCUUAAAAACAUUUAUAGGUUCAAGGUCACAGAGGUAAAAGAUGACAAAAACACUGAAAUAUCUUAAAUAUUAUUUUUCUUUGGGGGAAAAAAAAUGCUAUUUCUGGUGCCAGUGGAAUUACAAGUACUGUAUGCUGAAACGCAGAUUUGAUCAUCCAGGUCAAAGUAACAUUUGCAUUGGAUAUCUGGGAACAGCAUUUAUAUUCUGUCGUCUAGCUUCUUGCAACCAGAGACGAUUAUGUAGAUUUUAUAAAGUAUAUAUUCUCUUACGUCAAAUCAAUCAAUGGCAUGUGAUGAAGACAAUCAUGACGGUUUGUUAGUUUCUUUUAAAUGUAUGUUUUUUUUUCUUUUUUUAGUUUGUGCUGUCAACUCUGGGGGAUUUCAAAUAAAUAUUUUUUUUACGUUAAAUAUA